CACUUAUUCACUAUGUUCAUUGACGGACUCAGGGGCUUCGGGUGGCACCUACUAGAUUGUCCAGUUACAUGUCAGGAGGAUCGGCUACUUACAGUAGGUAUCUAAGAGAUCUCUUUGUCUUAUACCCGGACACCUGAUAUAUAUCCUACGCUGAUCCCGCCCAUAUAGUCCCUCUUCUUUUUGUUCACCCACCACCCAACUAAGUCUUGUUCGUGUCUGGCAACAUUUCACUCUUUUACUUUAUUGUAUAACGGGUAUUAUCCCUUUACUUUCUAAACAAUCACCUUCUUUAAACAAAAACAACCCCUAGCGGUUCCAUUCUUUCGUUCUAUUUUCGUUGCCAAACCACAAAGUCACAAUCUUUAGGCCGAGCCAUAGAGACGAGGAUACGUGGACCAACACGAAUAAUCGACCCAGUUUCUAUAAAAUCAAACAUCAUUCUUUUUCACAGGUUGAAAAAGACGUCGAUCAAUUACCACUUUUGCGACUCGAAGAUAAACAUUCAUCAACACCAGCCACCAUCAUCAUGAAGAUUCAAGUCGCUUCCGCCGCCGGUCUCCUCUUGGCUGGCCAGGCUCUUGCCGCUCCCCGUGUCGUUCACGAAAUCCGUGAUUUGCAGACCGCGGCGGCCAUCAUUGCUCAGGUCGCACCCAGCACCGUAGACUGUGCUGCCGGGGGCGAGUGCGUCAAAUCCGACGUCAUCGGCCCCCUAUUGGUGCAGGCCAUGCUGCAGUACGGCAUCUACAACCCGGCUCAGAUGGCCGGUAUCGUCGCGCUCACGGCUUUCGAGUCCGUCGAGUACACUUUCAAGCACAACGUCUCCCCCGGCCGUCCCGGUCAGGGUACCUCGAACAUGCAGAUGUUCAACUUCAACCUCAAGUACGCCAACUCCAUCCCGGAGCUUGCGGCCCAGGUUGCCGGCGUCGGCGAGGACGCCCCCGAUGACAAGAAGAACGAGGUCCUCUCGCUUGUUAACGACAACAAGUACAACUUCGGCAGCGGCCCUUGGUAUUUCACAACCCAAUGCACUCCCGAUGUCCAAGAGGGCCUCAAGAGAGGCGACGAUGCCGGCUUCGCGGCCUACAUGGGCUGCGUCGGUAUUACCGUCGUCGACCCCAAGCGACAGGCCUACUGGGACGCCGCCAGGAAGGCCUUCGGCCUCAUGUAAGCGUGCCGUUAGCCGCUUAUUUGACACUAUGCAUAGGAAUGAUGUAUGAGGCAUUGAAGUUGCCACAUCAUACGGGCGUUUGGGGCAUUGCUUUCUUGCAUCAUCAUGGCAUCUAGUGGGGGGAAAUAGCGUCGUUGCUCUUUCAAGUUCGAUCUUAUUCUAUUCGCAUGUAUAUCAAUAUUUUAUAGCACCUCAUUUAAAAGCUCUGGCCUGACAAUAUUUACUAGUCUUUCAUGAGUUCCUCAUGCGAUAUGGUUUGAGCCUGUAAAUAUGUCUUUAUACUUAACCAAACCCUUGGAAACUUGUGAUUGUCAUUCAAUAUUGUCAA